AUGGCCCCAGUCCGCCGCGGUGCGCCGCCCAUCAUCUCCCGCCCUUCCUCCUCCCUCCCACUUGAGUCUUCCGCCGGCGUAACACACCUUCUGCAGAAAAUGCUCGACGGGGAAACUAAUGACGGUUCAACGGCUCGUCUGGGCACGACGCCGAUCGACCGGACCGGGGUAGAGAGGAGGAUGAGCAUUGGCAAGGGUCUCAGGAUCUAUGGGGAAAGGGCCCUAAGGCUCGAGGUAUUGGCCGACAAGGCGAUUCGAUGCUCCAAAAUGUCCAACUUUUCGGUACUUUGUGUGUACGACCUUCCGGGGUGUGUGGAUGGGGGUGGUCUCAAGGUUUUGCAGUACGGAUACAAUUUCAAGGUUGAGAUCAGCGCUUGGAUCCACGCUAUCGCGCUCGGGAGACCGGGGAGGGCUCGAGACACUGUGACGGCUCAGGUGCAGCUGCGGCGCGGCGGCAUGCAGUCGGGCCAGGUACCGCACCUUCGACUACCUCAUGGUCUCGCCUACCUUAGCACGCCACGCAAGAACGGCCUUUUAUUCGGUCACCCAAGUGCUCCUGUCUUCCAAGUCCAGCGCACCUACAUACUGCCUCUGGACUGGACGGGAGUAGCCUACCUUAGGUACAGCACGCGCGCCCAGCGCGUGCGCCCCAUAUAA